AUGAAGAUAACAGAAAGCUUUCAAGAGAGAGAGGAUCGCUGGGCGGAGGAUGGCACAUGCCUAGAAAAAGAGCUGUGCCUACCGGAUGAUUUCAUACGGACCGGUAAAGAACAGGAGCUUGGCGAUAAAAUCAAAGUGAAAGAAUCAAUAGUAGAAAGGGAAGCGAUAAAACACAGCGAACCGUAUUAUUCCGAUAGCAAACAGCAACCUAACCAGCAAACACUGGCAGAGGUUGUAACCGUGUCCACAACGAAAGGGGUAUUCCAUCAGUUACUACUCACAUCAGCUGUGCUCGUGUUGGCUGCCGCCUGUGGCAUGCCAAUCGGCUACUCAGCUGUCCUAUUGCCACAGCUCUACGAUGCCAACGAAACCCUUGCGAUCGACAUCGAGAUGGGCUCGUGGAUUGCAAGCGUUCACAGUCUAGCGACUCCGAUCGGAUCAUUUGCUUCCGGUCCAAUAAUGGACCGUUGGGGUCGUCGUCCAGCUCUCUUACUAGCCAUCGUACCACUCUUCAGCGGUUGGGUACUGCUCGCCACAGCUUCCUCUCAUUUUCUCCUCCUUCUCGGACGUGUGGUAGCAGGAAUCUCUGUAGGAUUAAUAGCUGCCCCGGCACAGAUUCUGCUGGCAGAAAUCGCUGAACCACGCUUGCGUGGCCUUCUCAUCGGUGCACCUUUUGUGUCUUACUCGCUCGGCAUACUGCUCGUGUAUGCACUCGGGAGUCAGUUCCACUGGCGUGAAGUUGCCUGGGGUGGUACCGUACUACCGCUGCUCUCCUUCAUUGCCCUCUUCUUUGCACCCGAAUCUCCCGUAUGGCUCGCGCGCAACGAUCAACCCGAACGUGCCUCCAAAGCACUAACCUGGCUCCGGGGUUGUCCGAUACAGGCCAAGCAGGAACUACACAAACUGACGGAACGUUUCGAAGAGGAACAACAGCAAAACAAUGGUCGCCCGCAACCAUUUUGGAAAUCGCUCGGUGAACUGGCGAUCAUUAAACCGCUUAUCAUUAUCAACGCGUUCCAUGUGCUGCAAAUACUUUCGGGAACGUAUCUGGUGGUGUUCUACGCUGUGGACAUCAUUUCUGAUUUGGGCGGAAGUGAUAUUAACUCUAUUCAGGCAGCUGUACUUACGGCAAUCGUUCGACUUGCCUUUACAUUCCUGUACUGCUUCCUGCUGCUGAUGAUGCCCCGCCGACUGAUGGUUACGCUGAGUGGUGUUGGUUCCGGACUAAGUUGUGUGGCAAUUGCCGUCUUCAUGUAUAUCCGCACAGGUGAACCUAAAACACAGGCUGACACGUAUAUUGCAGCGGUUCUGAUAUUGAUCUACAUCGGUGCUAAUACUGGCUUUAUGACCAUGCCCGGCAUAAUGAUCGGAGAACUAUUGCCCGCGAAAAUUCGUGGCCAAAUAGCGGGUUAUCUCUUCACCAUCUUCAAUCUACUUCUGUUUGGUGUUGCGAAAGGAUUCCCCUACGCUAAAGCAGCUCUCAAAACGCAAGGACUUUUCCUUAUGUUCGGUGUCGCUUCGUUCGGUGCAUCGUUGCUGUUGUAUCUGUUGCUGCCAGAAACGAAAGGACGCACACUGCACGAUAUUGAGGACUACUUCCAGCAGCGAAAUUGGUUCUGGAUGAAUCGGAAACGUGCUCCGGCGGAAGGAUCGGCCAGCGGAGGAGAAGAAGGUCGACCACUGGCGGUGAGCCAAUAA